AUGACGAUCCUCCCUGUGCGCGUGUGGCUCCAGGACCACUACUACACGUUCUCGAGGUUCCUCGUCAGCAGGGUCCUUACAGUGACGCAAGUCAGCUACGCCGACUCCCUCAAGAUUUCUCUGGCCGUGAAGAAAGUGCUGGUGGACCGGGGGACCUUCGACGUGACACAGGAGCAGAUGGAGGAGGCGCUGUUCAACAUCAUGCGGCUGCACGGCUACGGGGACGAGCACAUCUGCAGGUACAGGCUCAUGACUAAGUUCAACCACCAGCGGGUCCCGCUGGUCGUGAUGGUGAUCGGGACUGGGUGCGUGGGGAAGUCAACGCUGGCGACUCAGUUGGCGGAGAGGUUGAAUCUGUCCGCCGUCCUCCAGACCGACCUCGUCUUCGAGGUCUCCUGUCAUGCGUCGAUCCAGGACGGAGUGCUGAGGGAGGUGAAAACGGUGUACCAGAGGUUCGAGACGGACGAGGAGUUCAUCAGCAGCUUCCGCCGGGAGUGCGAGGCUGUCAACGGGGGCCUGCAAGGGGAGCUCCACAAGGUGCUGGAGGAGGGCAAGUCGAUCAUCAUCGAGGGGAUCCACCUUGAUCCGACGCUCUUCCACAACCUCAAGAGGAAGGCGGAGGACGCGGAGAAAGAGAACGGCGACCCCUUUAUCUGGGCUCCUUUCCUCCUCUGCACAACUGCUGAGGAGCACGAGAACUUCCUGGACAACCACUGGCACCCAGACCUCCUCGAAGUCCUCUCAAACUUGGGAAGCAGCAGAGCCGAGAUCAUGACGGAGCUCAAGAAGAAUUUCGCACGCAUCGAGACAUACCUCAUGGACGGCUGCAAGUCCAUGGGCAUCCCCGUGAUAUCCACAAGUGUCAACGGAUUCUCGGAGACUUUAGACAGUUUGCAUUCUAUUGUGUUGGAUCGAAUGCAGGCUGUGGUGGCGUGA